AUGCUGCGUCUUAAACAGGAGGAGAUGGAGCAUCAGUUUGACUACCGUCUGCGAGAGGCCUUGACAGAACAAAAGCAGACCCUCGAAGGCGAACUGCACAAGUGGAUCAAGCGCAUGGAGGCCAUCGAGCAGGUUGUCGACGGCCGUGCGGACAUUGAUCGCGUCGCUAAGGAGACCCAGGCGCUGUGGUUGGCCGUAGAGGCGUUGGCCUUCACUCUGGAGAUGCCCUUCUCCAAGAUCGGGGCAUCUGGGGAACCAGUACGCAACGAACUGAGACCUUACUUCACCACGGCGCCCCUUCGCGAUCUCAUUAAUGACGUGGAACAGGCUGCUUCUCGGUCGGGUAUCCACGACUUCGUCUUGGGCAUCACAGAUAGUCUGCCUACGGAGGUUUUGGAAUCUGGCGUAUGGACACGCCAGGGUCUUAUCUCUCGCUUCAACAAGGUAGUUUAG